AUGGACAGAAGUGAAGCCUUUUCUAGUUCACACAAUGGGAAGAACACCUUCUUAUCUAGAAUAUUUGGGUUACAAUCCGACGAUGUCUCUGGAUUAAUGCAUGGUGACGAAAUGAACGAAUAUCCCAUCGGCGUUCGAAGUGCUGGUACAGGAAUGACUAAAGUACCUUCAGUUAAUAUUGAGGAUGAACUCGAGAAUGACAGAGAAAGCGGUAGAGAUGGCGAAGGUUUAAGGGUACCUGAAUCUGACCAAGAUAGUACUAGUGACGAUGAUAAUAAGAAUAAUACAAUUGACUAUGAGCUAAACUCUCAAAAUAUAGGGUUGGAUAAUAUAAAUUUACGGGAAUCGAUUGAUUCACUUCCUAAAUUGGGACAGCUAUCUUCCGAUGAAGAACGAGCUUAUGAAGAUGAUGACGCUUCAGAUAAAGAUGCCCUAUUGUUCAGUAAAACUACUACUGGAGAGAGUAAGAGAAAGCAGAAGCAUCCAGUACUUUUACAGAGAAUAUUGGACAACAAGAAGAAGAAAGAACCUAGGAGACUAUUUACGCCAUCUCAAAAUACUGAAAAUAUCAGAUCCAAAAGUGACUCUCAGUCUUUCCUUGAACGUAAGUCUACAGAUCCACAACUACGUGGAAGUUUCCUUUUUAGUGGAAAAGAGCGGGGGAGUAAAUACCCAUUUAAGAGGCCAAAUCUUCUGCGUAACAUUUCAGUUUUGAAUAAUACACCAGCUCAUCGAAUAAAUACACUGAGUCCUAAGGAAAGGGCACUUUGGAAAUGGGCUAACGUAGAAAAUUUGGAUAUUUUCUUGCAGGAUGUUUAUCAAUAUUAUUUGGGUAACGGCUUUAGUAGCAUUUUAUUGAAAAAAGUGUUAAACCUUCUAACGUUUAUCUUUGUUGUGCAUAUUUCAUCAUAUAUGGGUUAUUGCAUAGAUUACUCAAAACUAGCAGAGAGCCAUAGACUAUCUGAUAUUGUUAUUGACAAGUGCUAUUCGAAUAGAAUCACUGGCUUCGUAAGAGUGCUUCUAUGGAUUUUUUAUGUUUUCAUUUUUCUAAAGACAUCUCAGUUAUAUUUCGACUACAAGAAAUUGUCGGAAUUAAGAAACUUCUAUUAUCAUCUUUUGAAUAUAUCUGAUAAUGAAUUACAAACAAUUCCUUGGCAGAAUGUCAUUCAACAAAUAAUGUAUCUAAAAGAUCAGAAUGCAUUAACAGCAAAUGUUGUUGAGGUUAAAGCUAAGAACAGAAUCGAUGCACAUGACGUAGCAAAUAGGAUUAUGAGAAAAGAAAAUUAUUUAAUAGCACUUUACAACAACGACAUUCUGAACCUAUCCUUACCUAUUCCAUUAUUCAGAACAAGUACAUUAACAAAAACCUUAGAGUGGAAUAUUAAUCUUUGCAUUGUCGGAUAUGCCUUUAAUGAAUCUGGUUUCAUCAAGCAAAGCUUUUUAAAACCUCAACAACGUGAACACGUUCGUGAAGAGCUUGAAAAAAGAUUUAUGUUGGCAGGUUUCUUAAAUAUCAUCUUAUCUCCAUUUUUGGUGACGUAUUUUGUUUUACUCUAUUUUUUCAGGUAUUUCAAUGAAUACAAGACGUCCCCAGGAUCAAUUGGUGUUAGACAAUAUACCCCAAUUGCUGAGUGGAAAUUCAGGGAAUAUAAUGAACUUUAUCAUAUAUUUGAAAAGAGAGUUGGAUUAAGCACAGAUAUUGCUAAUAAGUACAUUAAUCAAUUCCCGAAAGAUAAGUUCAAUACUGCUAUGAAGUUUAUUGCAUUUAUAUCAGGUUCUUUUGUUGCAAUUCUGGCUUUAUUAGCAAUAUUUGACCCCGAAAAUUUCCUAAACUUUGAAAUAACACAAGAUAGAACAGUACUUUUCUACAUAACGUUAUUUGGGACUAUAUGGACUGUAAGCCAAAGUUCAGUAGGCACAGAGUAUAACGUUUUUGAUCCUGAAGAAAGUAUUAUGGAAUUAUCGAGCUAUACUCAUUAUCUACCUUCCGAAUGGAAAGGAAAAUAUCAUACUGAAGAGGUCAAAAAUGAGUUUUGCAAACUUUAUAACUUAAAAAUUAUCAUCCUUAUGAAGGAAUUAACUAGCCUGGUUUUGACGCCAUUUAUUCUAUGGUUUUCGUUACCAAAAUCUGCUGGUGAUAUUGUGGAUUUCUUCAGAGACACUUCGAUAUAUAUAGACGGAUUGGGCUAUGUCUGUAAGUAUGCAAUGUUCGACAUUACUCAAGAUAAUACAGAACAAAAAAGGAGCUCAUUAAAUAAGGACAAAUCAUUUGCAGGACCAAUACAGAAUAGACAAAAUUCCAAGGCCACUCUAUCUAAUGAUACUUUGGAAACCGGAUAUGAUGACAAUGACGACGACGAAGAUGAGGACGAAAAUAAUAUGGCUGUGAAUAAAAUGAUACAGUCGUACAUGUAUUUCAUUGAUAAUUACGAAAAUAGUGAAAACAUGGUUGGUAAAUAUCAACUUCCAGCGCGAAGACCAAGCGAAACUACUAAUAUUAAUCCCAUUUUGAGUAACAAGUAUUCUUGGAAAAAACAAUUCCGUCCAGGGCAACGUCCUGAGUUGUAUAGUGUAGCCAAUAAGCCAAGAAGAUCUUCUAAUGAGACCAAACGAAACGAUUUUGGAAGUGAUACAAAUAGAAGGGCAUUUUCUACUGACAAAUACAUUUCAAGUUCAUUUAUCAAUUCAAACUCUUUAGAGGUUGGAAGAGCAAAUGAAGACAGUAUGCAAACCAGUAAAGGUGGCGUUCUAACACUAGUGAAACAAUAUUAUAAACAAUCUGACGUUGGUCGAUAA